AUGCAAAACACUUAUCCUCCUCAUGACUCCAUGUUCCAGAGAGUGAUGCAUAAUUCGUAGUGAAGUUGCAGGAUUAUACUGCAGUCGAGAAAGACGAAGUCACUCUGGACUGUGAACUCAGCAAAGAUGUCCCAGUCAUGUGGUACCAUAAUGAGACUGAAAUGAAUGCCUCUAAGAUGGUAACCAUAACGGCUGAAGCGAAUCGAAGAAUGUUGUCCAUCAAGAAAGUGGAGGACCAAGAUAAGGGACAAUACGUAUGUGAUUGUGGAACGGACAAAACCAUGGCAAAUAUUAAUAUCAAGGGUAAGCAAUUACAAAUGUUUGUUAAGCAACAAACAUUUAUUUUGAGAACGUUCUUGCGGUUUUCUUGUAAUUGUAAUGUUCUCAAUACUGAAUUGCAGCUCGAGAUAUAGAGAUAACUCGGCCAAUGUAUGGUGUUGAGCUCUUUGAUGGCGAGACCGCUCGCUUUGAAGUAGAAAUCUCUGAAGAUGAUGUCCAUGGCCAGUGGAAACUGAAGGGAGAAGUCCUUACUCAAUCCCCUGUAUGUUACAUAGACCAAAUUAUUCUCACUGUUGUUUGACCAUUUUACCAUUCAUAUCCAUUACGUGAUCAUCCAUUCACAUCCAUUACGUGGUCUUGAAAUAUUACAAUGAAACAGCCUAUAGCAUUCUCUUCCUUCCUCCUUUUCCCCUUCAUCUUCAUCUAAUGUGGACUAUUUUCUAUACAAAUGUUGCUAUAAUUUACAGGACGUUGAAAUCAUAGAGGACGUUGCAAAGCACACAUUAAUAUUAUACUACCUCAAGGCCCCCUUGUCAGGGGAGAUUCUAUUUACAGCUGCUAAUGCUAAAUGUGUUGCUAAUCUGAAAGUGAAAGGUGAGAUUCUUUGGUUGGUGAUAUGAUAAUGUAAAUAUUAAUAUUUUCAGUGGUGGUUCUCUACGCAUUGCCAUGAUGCCACAUUAUCUUUCCUUCUGAACUACAGAGAGUCCAAUUACAUUUGUCACACCUUUGAGUGAUGUGCAAGUGUAUGAAAAAGAUGAGGCCAGAUUUAAGUGUGAGGUGUCCAGAGCGCCUAAGAGCUUCCGUUGGCUCAGGGGAUCUCAUGAGUUGACAGCUGAUGAUAAGUUUGAUAUUAUCCAUGAAGGAAAGAGACACACUCUGGUGGUCAAAUCUGCUGCAUAUGAGGAUGAAGCUAAGUACAUAUUUGAGGUAGAGGACAAGAGAACCACUGGCAAACUAGUUAUCCAAGGUAAUCUGAAGAGAUUUUUUGGUGCUUCCUGUUUAAAUCCUGAUUCAAUUCAUUACAAGUGACUGAAAUUGAUCUUCUCACGAUGACAAUGAUUCAAUUUCUUAUGAAUUGAAUGUCUUAUCAGGAAUUCGCCUUGAGUUUGUCAAGCCCAUUAAGGAUGUCACUGUCAAGGAGCGCGAGACAGCAGAGUUCAGUAUUGAACUCUCACAUGACAACAUCCAGGUCACCUGGUACAAGAACGAUGUGCGUUUGCAUCCCAGCAAAGUUGUGCACAUGUCAGAUGAUGGCAAGAUGCACAAAUUGACCUUCAAGGUGGUGUCCAUUGAUGACACAUCCAUGAUCAAAGUAGAGGCCAUGGGCAAAAUCUCAGAGGCCAUGCUCACAGUUCUCGGUUAGUAUACCGUUAAAACCCUUGAAACGUUCAAUCACAACAAAUCUAUACAAUCUGUAGAUGAAAAUAACAGGUGAGUUACCGUUGUCGAAACUGAAAUAUCACACGCAACUCAUCAUGGUUUCUUUUUCAUCAACAGAGGGAAAGCCUUACUUCACGACAAAACUGCACGACUACUCAGUCACUGAGAAGGAUGAACUGACGAUGGUUUGUGAACUGAGCAAGCCCAAUGCAGAGGUGAAAUGGUUCAAAGGUGACCAGCAAAUCACUUCCUCCAAGAAUGUGGUCAUCAAAGCCGAUGGAAAGAGGCGUAUGCUGAUCAUUAAGAAGACAGAGAAAGCCGACAUUGGAGAAUACAGCUGUGAUUGUGAUACGGACAGAACCACGGCCAAGCUCAAUAUUGAAGGUAGCCUUUAGCUCAGCAUUUGAGAAUUGCAGUAUAUAUUUUCCUUCAUUCAUACAAACACUUGAGUUGUCUUUGUGUUUCUUCUACAGAUCGUGACAUUAAGUUUGUCAGGCCCCUGUACAGCGUGGAAGUGACAGAAACUGAAAUCGCCAAGUUUGAGAUUGAGAUCUCUGAGGAGGAUGUACAUGGUCACUGGAAACUCAAAGGAGAGGCUCUUCACCAGUCUCCUGUAAGAAAAUAUCCACAACAUUAUUACUACAUACAAUAAUUGGACAUUCCUUAGUACAUUUCCUAGCGGUUGAGGAGUAAAAGAAAAUAGAUGGUAAGUAUAAUUUGAUGAGGAUCACUUAGUAACUGUUUAUGUAUUCUCUUUCAAGGACUGUGAGAUUAAGGAGGAUGGUACAAGGCAUGUCCUUAUCCUGUACAACGUUCGCAAGGAUCAGGCCGGAGAAGUUGACUUCCAGGCUGCCAAUGCUAAAUCCAAUGCUCACCUUAGAGUUAAAGGUGAGAAUGAUUUAACACACACUCACACAUUUAUUUGACCAUGAGAUAAGCACGCACACAUUGUCCCAACUGUUGGUUGAAUAAGUAAACCCCAGAGCUGUCAGAUGAGGAUAUAGUCAGGCAUUUACAGCCCCUUUUAAGUAGGUGUCAAACAUUUUACAAGGGAGGACUAAAGCUAUCUAAAUAAGUGUGUCAUAAAAAGUGUUGAAGUUCGGAUAUCAAUUCUGGCACACUUCUUACAUAUCUAAAUAUCUACUUGCAAAACACCCAGGGCCUUGCUAUGCAAUGCAAUUCUUAGCCAUGAUGCAACCAUUUUUGGGGUAAAAGUUGGGUAACAACGCACCCCCAAAAUUCAAAGAGGUUGAUUGACAGGGACAGAUUGCCUAACCGGUGGUUUGGCAGGGGGUGGGUUAAAGGCCAAUCAGGUGUUGUGGCUAUUUUAGAAUCCACAUGCCUUAUCUAGAGUGGGCAGUUAGUGAUUGGCAGAGCUACAACAUGCCUGCCUCUCAAAGUUUUUUGCUGACCAUAUACAUCUCAAGGAAACUGGGUAUGCAAAUGAGGAAGGCCCCCAAUUUCAAGUCCCUCUGCGCUAGUCCUAGCAGUUCUCCUGGUGGUUUACAGGGCUCCAGAGCAGUGGCCAGCCGUCAGGGCAUCCGCAAAAUGAGGAUUUAGCAGUUAAGGAUUUACCGGUUUCUCUUGGGAUUUGGGAGUGACUAAUAAUGUCUUCUCCUCAAUCUAAAGCGCGGGUGAUCGGCCUGCUGCGGCCUCUCAAGGAUGUUACUGUUACUGCUGGGGAGACCGCCACUUUCGACUGUGAACUGUCAUACGAAGGAAUAACUGUGGAAUGGUUCCUAGGGGGUACGAAGUUGGAGCCAAGUGACAGAGUAAGUGUUUAUACUGUACCAUCUGAAAUAUUUAUGUUACCUCAACACUGACACUCCCUCAAGUAAUUUAUAGGGAAACAUGCUAAGACUUUGAAUUGUACUUAUGAACAACAAUUUUUCCAAUAUGGCAGACAAAUACCCGUUGUCAUGGAAUUUACUACCUGGAUUAUAACAUAUUCUCAUAUCCCAAAUACUUGUAAUGUUUUAACGUGAUCUAAACGUUGUCCUCGGUUUAACUUAAUCUUAUUCAAAAAAGGGUCUUGAAUUUAAAUGGAUCUUAGCCAGAUUGUCAUGUUGCAUUAUUUACUUUUCUACAUUUCGAUUUGAAUUUUCUCUUGCAUGUGCAACCGACAUGCUUUCUGCAUAUAAGGGCCUGUGAGGAUCAGGAUUCCAGUUGGGGAUUUGAUCCGGGUUUUGAGAUAACGCAGGAGGGCUUUUCUGCGCUGCGAGCGUUCUUCAAGUUAUUUUUAACUGCUUCAAGUGUGUGUGUCCAAUGGCACGUGGCUUGAGUUAUUUGACAGUUAUCAUUUUUAAAUAUGAAACGUGUUGUAAUUUCAUGUACAAAUUGGCUUUGAAUUGCUUUGAGUUAUCUGUUAGGCCCGUACAUACCUAUAUAUAUAUUGUCUAGCAUAGUUGUUUAAUUAAUUCCUGUGGGUUUGUGGUGUGAAAACGUUAUAUGAUAGGUUGAUUUACGAUGUUGCAUAGACUGGUUUGCCCUUCAGUUACAUACAGUUAUAUCAGUCCUAUUACCUAUUUUAAUGAUGAUUGAAUUCACAUCCUUGACAAUUUGAUGUGUUGCCAUACACAAUGCUAGCAAACGUUUGAUUAUUUUGAGGAUAACUGUGAUUACUUUUGUUCCACUAAAAGUCUUACAUUUAGAAUAAUAUAUUCUGGAAUAUGUAGGCUAUUAUUUUAAUGUGGCUAUGGCUGAAUAGUCCAAAACAUGAUGAUUUAAGCUGUCAGAUGUUGUUAGGAAAACCUGAGGUGCCAUUUGUACUGUUAUAAUAAUGAUAUAACAGUCUGAAGGUGUUGUUUUAAAGUGGCUGUUUAAAGUUACGUUUAAAAUAAUAUAUAGUCUACCUUGCAACAGAGACAGCUAAAUAACUUUGAUAUACUGUAACCAUUUGUCCAAAGCCUGUGAAUGAACUGCCAUGGUCUUCAUGUUUUCACAUAUAGUUGUUAUGUCAUUAGGCAUAUCAUGACUAUUUGUAAUGGGGAAGAAAAUAUAGAACCUAUGUUGACUGUAAUUGCUGUACCACUGCACCAUAAGUGGUAGGCCUAUAUUGUUUACAUUCAAGAAGAAAACUUGACUUUAUGGAACACCUACUGUAAAGGACUGGGGAAGUUUGGUCUUAGUUAACCACCUUACCCAAGCUCUGGUAAAAUGGAAGAGUCAGGUGACAACUGGAGUUAAAAUUAAGCCUAGGGUCCCCUCAGGGUGCCUUCGAUCCCUUGUCACCAGCUGCUGAUGUUCAUUCACAGGAAGAAGUAAAUAGCUUGACCCCACAUAGCUGUCCCCGUCCACCUGAUUUAUCAAACUGCUUGAUUUGGCAGGUGGUCACCCGAGCAGAAGGCAAAAAUCACACUCUGACUCUCAGAGAUGUCAAGAUUUCAGAAGAUGGAGAAGUUAAACUCACUGCAAAGGAUUUCCAGAUUGAGGCCAGACUACAUGUGGAUGGUAGGUUAAUCUAUGUGUGUUAUGUGAAUGAUAGGUUGCUAUUGCUGUUUGUGGUAUUUGGUUGCUGUUGUUGUUGGGAUUCUUGCCCCCACAAUGAUUGCCCCCAACUGCUCUCUUAAUCGACAUGGAGACUUGGUUUCUAUUUCCAUUCCAAAUGUACAGUUGUCAUGCUUUGAAGGUCCUAAUUGGUUGAUUUCUUCAAAUUCAUUGGUGGUACGAUUUUGUGCAUAUGAUGAGGUUAAACAACAAUAUAGUUAAAAUAUGUACACUAUAAAGCAUAUUGGACUGAUGAAUCACUAUGGAUGGAGCUACAGUGAGGGAAAAAAGUAUUUGAUCCCCUGCUGAUUUUGUACGUUUGCCCACUGACAAAGACAUGAUCAGUCUAUAAUUUUAAUGGUAGGUUUAUUUGAACAGUGAGAGACAGAAUAACAACAAAAAAAUCCAGAAAAACGCAUGUCAGAAACGUUAUAAAUUGAUUUGCAUUUUAACGAGGGAAAUAAGUAUUUGACCCCUUUGCAAAACAUGACUUAGUACUUGGUGGCAAAACCCUUGUUGGCAAUCACAGAGGUCAGACGUUUCUUGUAGUUGGCCACCAGGUUUGCACACAUCUCAGGAGGGAUUUUGUUCGACUCCUCUUUGCAGAUCUUAUCCAAGUCAUUAAGGUUUCGAGGCUGACGUUUUGCAACUCGAACCUUCAGCUCCCUCCACAGAUUUUCUAUGGGAUUAAGGUCUGGAGACAGGCUAGGCCACUCCGGGACCUUAAUGUACUUCUUCUUGAGCCACUCCUUUGUUGCCUUGGCCGUGUGUUUUGGGUCAUUGUCAUGCUGUAAUACCCAUCCACGACCCAUUUUCAAUGCCCUGGCUGAGGGAAGGAGGUUCUCACCCAAGAUUCGACGGUACAUGGCCCCGUCCAUCGUUCCUUUGAUGCGGUGAAGUUGUCCUGUCCCCUUAGCAGAAAAACACUCCCAAAGCAUAAUGUUUCCACCUCUAUGUUUGACGGUGGGGAUGGUGUUCUUAGGGUCAUAGGCAGCAUUCCUCCUCCUCCAAACACGGCGAGUUGAGUUGAUGCCAUUUUGGUCUCAUCUGACCACAACACUUUCACCCAGUUCUCCUCUGAAUCAUUCAGAUGUUCAUUGGCAAACUUCAGACGGGCCUGUAUAUGUGCUUUCUUGAGCAGGGUGACCUUGCAGGCGCUGCAGGAUUUCAGUCCUUCACGGCGUAGUGUGUUACCAAUUGUUUUCUUGGUGACUAUGGUCCCAGCUGCCUUGAGAUCAUUGACAAGAUCCUCCCAUGUAGUUCUGGGCUGAUUCCUCACCGUUCUCAUGAUCAUUGCAACUCCACAAGGUGAGAUCUUGCAUGGAGCCCCAGGCCGAGGGAGAUUGACUGUUCUUUUGUGUUUCUUCCAUUUGCGAAUAAUCGCACCAACUGUUGUCACCUUCUCACCAAGCUGCUUGGCGAUGGUCUUGUAGCCCAUUCCAGCCUUGUGUAGGUCUACAAUCUUGUCCCUGACAUCCUUGGAGAGCUCUUUGGUCUUGGCCAUGGUGGAGAGUUUGGAAUCUGAUUGAUUGAUUGCUUCUGUGGACAGGUGCCUUUUAUACAGGUAACAAACUGAGAUUAGGAGCACUCCCUUUAAGAGUGUGCUCCUAAUCUCAGCUCGUUACCUGUAUAAAAGACACCUGGGAGCCAGAAAUCUUUCUGAUUGAGAGGGGGUCAAAUACCUAUUUCCCUCAUUAAAAUGCAAAUCAAUUUAUAACAUUUUUGACAUGCGUUUUUCUGGAUAUUUUUGUUGUUAUUCUGUCUCUAACUGUUCAAAUAAACCUACCAUUAAAAUUAUAGACUGAUCAUGUCUUUGUCAGUGGGCAAACGUACAAAAUCAGCAGGGGAUCAAAUACUUUUUUCCCUCACUGUAUAUAGACCUGGUUCAUGGUAACAUACUCCUCCUGCCUAUGUAAAUGCAAGGUAAAUACACACAUUUUUGGCCAUUUUAUGUAAAGUGGGAUCAUUGUAAGUACAUUGUGACAUAGAUUCAGAUUUCUUUAAACAUUAUUUGUUUUCUCGAUGCAAAGCACAGACAACAAUGUAAGUGGGCAGGUGUUAAUGUUCUGGGAGCCUAACCUACCCAACCAGUCUGAAUUCAAUGGGAAUCCCAUCCAUGGUUGAUGGCCUAUCAGCAAAGAAGUAUGCAUUAAGUAUGAGUUGAGAGUCUAUGAGACACAGUCAUGUAUGCUUUUGUAGCAGUACAUAACAGUGUUCCUAAGAGGACCUUAAUAAGUAUAAAACAAUAUACGCCUUGCAUAAUUACGAUAUAGCGAUAUGCCUUGCAAUAUCACAAUAUAACUGUGUAAUCUAAACAAAUUAUUUUAGAGUGAGGAGAGGUGUCCCCACGAUGUUAAGUUUGUUUACAAAUGUAUAAAAAGUGUAAAUGUGUAAUUGCACAAACAACAAACAGGUUGAAGGAAUUGUAUAACGUAAUGUGUAGCCUACACUGUAACUGUAACUACAAAGUCAAAAGAUAGGAUUUAGGCCACUUAAUCUUAAGAGGGACCAUAACAAUAAUAAUAGUUGGUGACAGUGAAAGAAUGUGGUCAAAUUAUUUUCUUGGCUUCCUAAGCUGUUACGAUAUGUAAAGCACAAGUCAUGUGUAAUUAAUGUGUGACCUUACAGAACCACCAGUUGAGUUCACCAAACCUCUGGAGGACCAGACAGUUGAGGAAGAGGCCACUGCUACUUUGGAGUGUGAAGUCUCCAGGGAUAACGCUGAGGUCAGGUGGUUCCAAGACGGACAGGAGAUCCGCAAAACGAAGAAAUAUGACAUUGUUGCCGAUGGCCGCAAGAGAAGACUCAUCAUUCAUGGCUGUACUCUUGAUGAUUCAAAAACAUUUACCUGCGACGCCUCAGAAUUCAAAUCCUCUUGCUUCCUUAACGUUGAACGUAAGUAAAGUAUAGAUUAAAAACCUUUCAUAUAGUUUGUUUGUUUGUAAAGACUUUGGUGUAUUUGUCCUACUGGUAUAUUAACACUGUGACCGUGUCCUUACAGCUCCACAUGUUGACUUCUCUAAGCCACUCCAUGAUGUUGAGGUCAAAGAAAAGGAAUCUGCCAGAUUUGAAUGCGAAGUAUCUCGCGAAAAUACGAAGGUAUUGAUUCCUGACCCUUCACCCCUUACCUCCCCCACCCUACCACUUUCCCCACCCCCUGCACAAUACAUGCACAUUCAAACACGACCUUCUUAUUUGUAUAAUAAUAUAAUAUAGUUGUAUGUGGAAUUACAAAAUAUAAUAUUAAAGGUCAUGAACAGUCAAAAUCAUGUUUUUCAUGAAAUUGCUUGGUUUUUCUUUGAAGGAAACCAGAUCGAAGUAUGAUGACCAAAGUAUGAAAAAUUACAGUUGCUUCUAUAUAGAUAAAGUUUGCUCAUUAAGUUACUGGUCCCCCACCCAUGUCACUCACUUGGAUUGAUUAUUAAGGGGACAAGGUGACAUCACCUUAACUCUCAUUUUAAGACACCACUGGUAACAUAACACUAAUUGAAAUAAGUAGUGCCUUAUAACCAAUAUCGGAGGUGUGUUUGCAGAGGGGUGUGGUUUAUAUAGCUAGAUAGCUACUCUACUGGUGCCAAAAUGUUACUGCACGGUGUCAGCCAAUAUAAUUAAGUGUUUACCCUAUUCAUCUAUGGCAAAUAUACUUAUAUGUUUCCCCUUUCAUCUGUGUUUGCUGUUAGCUAGUUACUGGCUAGCUAGGUCUUCAGCCAGCAUGGAACAAAAGGGUGGGUGGGUCAUUCAAAACUCAGACGCAGUUGUCAAGUCAAUACAUCCGUCAGUGCUGCUGUGAACCGCAUCACAAAAGACAUGCCAAAUGAGAGAUGUAUAAAAUUAAAUUGAUAUCAUUGAUGCAAUUUCAAUGUUGUUUGAGUGGCUUUGUGUAUGACCAAAUUAGCUUGGUGAUUUUACUGCAACACUGCUCACUGCAUCCAAGUUGCUUGACAUAGGUGUUUCAAAGAGCUGUCAGCCAAGGCGAGCUCAUGAAUAUAAGCUCCCCACCCACUUAGCCUGUCUUUUCAAACUUCCUGGUAGUUAGCCAUGAGAGAAAAAGUACUUUUCAGAAUGACUGUUCAGGACCUUUAAGACUGAGAGGUAGUUGUCUUUCCUGUCUUCCACUGUGUUCCAUUCUAGUGUGCUGUUACAUUUCAUUCCCUUUGUUUCCGUCAUAGUCUGGAUCAGUACUUAUUAACAGUAUUCUACCGUCAUUGUAGUCUUUGCUUUAUGGUUGUUUCUGUAAACAGGUCCGUUGGUUGAAGGACAGCAGCGAAAUCAGAAAGGGAAAGAAAUAUGAAAUAAUCGCCAAAGGUCGCCAACACAUCCUCAUCAUCCACAAGUCAGUGUUCGAUGAUGAAGCAGAAUAUGAAUGUGAUGCGAAGGUCUCCAAAUCCUCCGGCAUGCUUACAGUCGUUGGUGAGUCUGGCACACUUUCUCUGUCUCAAAAGGUACAUCCCAAAUGGCACCCUAUUCUUUAUAUAGUGCACUACUUUUGACUAGAGCCCAUAUAGGGCUCUGGUCAAAAGUAGUGCACUUACAGUUGAAGUCGGAAGUUUACAUACACUUAGGUUGGUGUCAUUAAAACUCAUUUUUCAACCACUUCACAAAUUUCUUGUUAACAAACUAUAGUUUUGGCAAGUCGGUUAGGACAUCUACUUUGUGCAUGACACAAAUCAUUUUUCCAACAAUUUUUUUACAGACAGAUUAUUUCGCUUAUAAUUCACUGUAUCACAAUCACAAUUCCAGUGGGUCAGACGUUUACAUACACUAAGUUGACUGUGCCUUUAAACAGCUUGGAAAAUUGCAGAAAAUGAUAUCAUGGCUUUAGAAGCUUCUGAUAGGCUAAUUGACAUCAUUUGAGUCAAUUGGAGGUGUACCUGUGGAUGUAUUUCAAGGCAUAUCUUCAAACGCAGUGCCUCUUUGCUUGACAUCAUUGGAAAAUCAAAAGAAAUCAGCCAUGACCUCAAAAAAGAAAUUGUAGACCUCCACAAGUCUGGUUCAUCCUUGGGAGCAAUUUCCAAACAACUGACGGUACCAUGUUCAUUUGUACAAACAAUAGUACGCAAGUAUAAACACCAUGGGACCACGCAGCCGUCAUACUGCUCAGGAAGGACACGCGUUCUGUCUCCUAGAGAUAAACGUACUUUGGUGCGAAAAGUGCAAAUCAAUCCCAGAACAACAGCAAAGGACCUUGUGACGAUGCUGGAGGAAACAGGUACAAAACUAUCUAUAUCCACAUUAAAACAAGUCCCAUAACGACAUAACCUGAAAGGCCGCUCAGCAAGGAAGAAGCCACUGCUCCAAAACCACCAUAAAAAAGCCAGACUACGGUUUGCAACUGCACAAGGGGACAAAGAUCGUACUUUUUGGAGAAAUGUCCUCUGGUCUGAUGAAACAAAAAUAUAACUGUUUGGCCAUAAUGACCAUCGUUAUGUUUGGAGGAUAAAGGGGGUUGUUUGCAAGCCGAAGAACACCAUCCCAACCGUGAAGCACGGGGGUGGCAGCAUCAUGCUGUGGGGGUGCUUUGCUGCAGGAGGGACUGGUGCACUUUACAAAAUAGAUGGCAUCAUGAGGAAGGAAAAUUAUGUGGAUAAAUUGAAGCAACAUCUCAAGACAUCAGUCAGGAAGUUAAAGCUUGGUCGCAAAUGGGUCUUCCAAAUGGACAAUGACCCCAAGCAUACUUCCAAAGUUGUGGAAAAAUGGCUUAAAGACAACAAAGUCAAGGUAUUGGAGCGGCCAUCACAAAGCCCUGGCCUCAAUCCUAUAGAAAAUGUGUGGGCAGAACUUAAAGAGCGUGUGCGAGCAAGGCAGCCUACAAACCUGACUCAGUUACACAAGCUCUGUCAGGAGGAAUGGGCCAGAAUUCACCCAAUUUAUUGUGGGAAGCUUGUGGAAGGCUACCCAAAAUGUUUGACCCAAGUUAAACAAUUUAAAGGCAAUGCUACCAAAUACUAACUGAGUGUAUGUAAACUUCUGACCCACUGGGAAUGUGAUGAAAUAAAUAAAAGCUGAAAUAAAUCAUUCUCUCUCCUAUUAUUCUGACAUUUCACAUUCUUAAAAUAAAGUGGUGAUCCUAAUUGACCUAAAACAGGGAAUUUUUACUAGGAUUAAAUGUCAGGAAUUGUGAAAAACUGAGUUUAAAUGUAUUUGACUAAGGUGUAUGUAAACUUCCGACUUCAACUGUAUAUGCCAUUUGGGACUCAGCCAAAGAGAUUCAUUUUGAUGUCAUAUACUGUAAUCGACUUAUCAUAAUAUAUUGCCUUGACAGUUAUAUUGUAUUUCCUUUGCAGAGGAAGAAGCUAGGUUCACCAGGAACCUGUCUAACGUGGAGGGAACAGAAGCAGACAGUGUGAAGAUGAUUUGUGAAGUGUCAAAGGCAGAUGCUGAUGUCAUGUGGUAUAAGGAAGACCAGGAACUUCCCGAGGGAGGAAGAUACGAUCAGAUCGUAGACGGCAGGAAGAGGAUACUCAUCAUCCAGGAUCUCAAAACAGAUGAUGCUGGAGAGUACUAUUGCAAACUGUCCAGCUCAAAGACAACUGGAAACCUGAAAAUAAAUGGUAAUGGAAUCAGACAUAAGCUCUGUUUAGUCAGCUAAAGACCGUUGUCUGGUGGAGAAAGUGAAAUAUCCUGGGUAGUGGAUACACACCAGUACCGUUAUGAAAAUCAAAUCAUGAGAUGCAGCUAAAGUAUUUGUGUAAAAUGAGAGCAUAUACACUAAUCUGUUUUUGUUCUUCUAGAACUGGCUGCUGAGUUUAUCGCCAUGCCUCAGAGUCAGGAGGUGGUUGAGGGAGAAAAGGCUGAGUUUGUCUGCUCAGUCUCUAAAGACACAUUCAUUGUCAAAUGGAUGAAGGAUGAUAAGGAGCUAGAAAAAGGGGACAAGUACGACAUUGUCUGUGAUGGCAAGAGAAGAAUACUUGUUAUCAAGAACUCUGAACCCAAGGAUGAGGGAGCCUAUGUUGCCCUCAUUGGCACCACCAGAGCUACAGCUGACCUGAUUGUUCUUGGUAGGUCAUCAAUGUUGGUUUUCUUUUCUAUUCUAACCUCACCAACCUGUAUGUGUAUGUGUAUGUGUGUCUUUCGGAGUGGUUGAGAUAAAGUUGAUUUUCUGUUAGACCUUUGUGUACAAUUGGGCAGUAAAGUAAUCUUCUUCUAAAAUCUUCUUCUUGUGUGUCACUACCUGAGGCAGCUUUGGCGAAAUAUUUAAUUCCAUUUAUUAACUUGUGUUUCUUUAACUUUUAUUUCCACAGAAAAACUCAGGAUCAUUACACCACUCAAAGACACAGAAGCCAAAGAGGGACAAGAGAUCGUCUUCAACUGUGAGGUGAACACUGAGGGAGCUAAAGCUAAGUGGCUGAAGAACGAUGAGACCAUGUUUGAGAGCAGCAAGUUUGUCAUGAUCCAGAAAGACAACGUGUUCUCUCUGAGGAUCAAGGAUGCUGAGAAGUCAGAUGAAGGAAACUACACUAUUACAUUGACAAACCACCGCGGUGAACAUGCUAAGAGCUCUGGCAAACUUACAGUAAAAGGUGAACAUUGUUUUGUUAUCGAUUCUACCAACGGCUAAUUUGAUGUAGUAGUAUGUCUUAUGUUUGUUUGAAGUUAGCUACAUGACUUACUGAUUUUUGUUUGUUUUAUCUACAGAGGAGAGUCUGAAGAUCAUUGUACCUCUUGAGGACUGCGACACACAGGAGAAGAAGACUGUUAGCUUCUCUUGCAAGGUCAAUAGGCAGAAGGUUACACUGAAAUGGACGAAGGCAGGUCAGGAGAUCACCUUCAGCAAACGCAUAAUCUACAGGGUGGACCAAUAUAAGCACACACUGACCAUCAAGGACUGUACUCUGGCUGAUGAAGGUGAAUACACCGCCAUCGCUGGUGAUGACAAGUCUACAGCUGAGCUGAUCAUUAGUGAAGCCCCCACUGACUUCUCCGCACAACUCAAAGACCAGACCAUCCUCGAGUUUGAGAAUGCUGAGUUCACCUGCAAACUCACCAAGGAGAAGGCUGAGGUGAAAUGGUACAGGAAUGGACGUGAAAUAAGAGAGGGACCCAGGUAGGAACACUUUUAGACUGCUAUGAGACAUGGUCACUGUUGCUUUACUGUCACUGUCACUAAAUCUUAAAAGCUACUUUGCCCCUAAGGGCCACCAUAGGAAUUUAAUUCAAUAAUAAAAGGUGUAGGGUAACAUUAUCCAUUUUCGCUUUUUACAAGGUACAUCUUUGAAAAAGAGGGCAAGACCUGCAGGCUGCGUAUCAAGGAGUGCAGACCAGAUGAUGAGUGUGAAUAUUCCUGUGGCGUCGAUGAAAGGAGAUCACACGCCCAUCUCUUCGUUGAAGGCAAGCCUCUUGAAUUCAUUGUAUGAUUCUGUUUGUGUUUUUCUAACUGUUCUGUAUGAAUUCAUGUUUCACUAAUUAUAUUUUGUAUUUGUGUGUAAUCUUUAUUCCAGAGAGCGCAGUUGAGAUCAUCAGACCACCAAAGGAUGUGUUUGAGCCUCCAGGCUCAGAUGUUGUAUAUGAAGUCGAACUGAACAAAGACAGAGUUGAGGUCAAAUGGUUGAGGAACAACAUGACCAUCGUCCAGGGUGACAAGUACCAGAUGAUGAGCGAGGGCAAGGUCCACAGACUCCAGGUGUGUGAGAUCAGACCUCGUGACCAGGGAGAGUACAGAAUCAUCGCCAAAGACAAGGAUGCCAGAGCCAAGCUGGAGCUGGCAGGUAAGUCAUCAUGGGCUCCAUACCCUCCCAGAUUCCACAGUACAUCUAUCCUUUUAUUCUUUGAUCAUAUAAUUGUUUAUUCCUCUACAGCUAAGCCAAAUAUCAAGACUAUGGAUCAGAGCUUAGUAACAGAUGCUGGAAAGCCCAUCGUCAUGUUCGUGCCCUACAGCUCGUAUCCUAAAGCUGAAGCUGAGUGGUUCUAUGAUAAUGUCAGCCUACCCAAGGACAGCAUCCACACUGUUGGGGACAGGACAGAGUACAGUCUGAAGGACCCUAAGAAGUCCGACCAAGGACAUUACAAGGUUGUCAUCAAGAACAAACACGGACAGGGAGAGGCAUUCAUUAAUCUGGAUGUCAUUGGUAAAUUGCCUUUCAAUCCACUCUUGUAUUUGAAUGGAUAACGGGAAGGGAUUUUAUUCUUGUAAAGGAUAUUUUCCUUGGAAUCUGUUCUUGUUCAUGGAUUUCAUUUAUUCAUGUAUUGUUGUCUUCCACAGAUGUCCCUGGACCCGUGAAGAGUCUUCAAGUGGUUGACACCGCCGAUGGUGAGGUCAGCCUGGCCUGGGAAGAGCCAGAGAGUGAUGGUGGCAGCAAGAUCAUUACAUACGUGGUGGAGAGGCGUGACGUCAAGCGCAAGACAUGGACUCUUGCAACUGACCGCUCUGACGCUCCAGAAUACACUGUGACCGGACUCCAGAGGGAAUCCAUGUACCUAUUUCGUGUUUGUGCUCGCAACAGAGUGGGCAGUGGACCAAAUGUUGAGACAGAGAAACCUGGUGUUUAUGCCAAGAACAAGUUUGGUAAGUAAAAUAUUUCAUAUUGUAUCACCUCAUACAGUAAACAAUGAACUGCCGACCAGAAAAGUGAAUUACAACCUUGUGUUAUAUUUCAGAUGUUCCUGAUGCUCCUCAGGAUGUGAGUGUUGGAAACGUGAGUAAGUUUGGAGCCACCGUCUCCUGGGAAAAACCAGUAUCUGAUGGAGGGGCUGAGAUCACCUCCUACAUAAUUGAGUCCCGUGACAGGACCUCUGUGAAGUGGGCCGUGGCUAUGAUCAGUAAAGCAACAAAUCGCAGUGAAAUCAUCAACGACGUUAUUGAGAACAAGGAAUACAUCUUCCGUGUCAAGGCUGAAAACAAGGCUGGCAUUGGAAAGCCAAGCGCU